GCUGGGAGCGGGAGCUGCGGGACCGGGGUACGGCUCACUGGGGAAAAUGGCGGCGGUACAAUUGGAAUCCCUGGAAAAGUGUCUGGAAAGGCAUGUGCCCCCGGAGGAGCUGCGGGAAGUUAGGAGGAUUCUGUACGGUAAAGAGACGAGAAUGUUGGAUUUGCCUCUGUGUGCCCUGGAAACAGCCGUUGAGAGGGAUUUUGAACUUAAAGGCUUAGGGUUUGAGGCAGCCCCAGAGCAGCUGCGUCAGCCCAGGAUUGUGCGGGUGGGAAUUAUUCAGAAUAAGAUUGUUCUUCCUACCAAUGCACCUGUUGCUCAGCAGGUUGCAGCAAUGCACAAACGGAUUGGAGACCUUGUGGAAGCGGCUGCCAUGUGUGGAGUAAACAUUGUCUGUUUCCAGGAAGCCUGGACUAUGCCGUUUGCAUUUUGUACCAGAGAAAAGCUGCCGUGGACAGAAUUUGCAGAAUCGGCAGAGGAUGGACCUACGACUAAAUUUUGCCAAGAGCUUGCUAAGCAGUAUAACCUGGUUGUGGUGUCACCAAUAUUGGAACGAGAUGAGGUGCAUGGAGAAACCUUAUGGAAUACUGCAGUGGUGGUUUCUAACUCUGGGCAUGUUCUUGGGAAGACCAGGAAGAAUCACAUUCCCAGAAUUGGAGAUUUUAAUGAGUCUACCUAUUACAUGGAGGGGAAAACAGGACACAGAGUGUUUCAAACACAGUUUGGACGGAUUGCUGUUAAUAUCUGCUAUGGUCGCCACCACCCAUUGAAUUGGUUGAUGUUCAGCAUUAAUGGAGCUGAAAUUAUCUUUAAUCCCUCGGCUACUGUGGGAGAUCUGAGUGAGCCCAUGUGGCCUAUUGAAGCAAGAAAUGCAGCCAUUGCCAAUCAUUGUUUUACCUGUGCCAUCAACAGGGUAGGAAUGGAACAUUUCCAGAAUGAAUUUACUUCAGGUGAUGGUAAGAAAGCUCACCGUGAUUUUGGCUAUUUCUACGGCUCAAGUUACAUUGCUGCUCCUGAUGGUAGCCGCACCCCAAGCCUGUCCCGUACCCGAGAUGGCCUGCUUAUUGCUGAAAUGGCUAAUCUGUGCAGACAAAUCAGUGAUAAAUGGGCCUUUAAGAUGACAGGCAGAUAUGAGAUGUAUGCUGAAGAACUGGCCAAGAUGGUGCAGCCUGACUUUGAGCCCAACAUUAUCAAAGAGUAAAGGCAUUAAUUCCACACAAGGUUCUGCACUAACACUGGGAAUACAAUAUUUAACUUUUUAAUCAGCUCAAGCACUUUCACUAAUUUGAGGUUGGAAUGUUUUGAUAUGCUAAUGAGUUUGCAAUGAUUUCUCUGUGUUUUUUGUCUGAAUUGUCUGAUGCUCUGGACUAUUCGGAUUGUCCAUCCUUGUUUAACCAGGAAACAAUUCAGUGCAUCAGAAGUUAAAACAGUCAGUGUUGCCCUCACAGGAUCCUAUAUCUCAGCAUUCUGAGCAAUGACUUUUGGCUGCUUUCCAGUCUACUUCAGUGUCAGCUAAGUAUUUAACUUAUUUUACCUGCCCAUCAACACACUCAGGUUCCCACUGUUGCUUAGAAUAUUUGUCUGUUUAAUUUUCCUGAAAUUUGAUAUUGUUGCCAGUAUGUUGGACACUUGAUACUUUAUCCAAAUUAUACUAUAAAUCAGGGAUGUUAUCAGAUUGCCUUGAUGCCACUGUGCUUUGGACACUUUCUCUCUCUGGGACUUUGAUCAUUUCACUGAAUGGAAACAUACUGUUAGAUAAAGUCCACUCAUUGUGUUCUGAGCUGGCAUCAUCUUGUCUUCACUUUCCGCCCCCUCCCCCCAACUCUGCUCACAAAUCUUUACUCAGCCAUGAUUUCCUCUAUCCACAAUUCUAGAUGUUUCUUGUGGCACAAUUCGGCAAUGUGCCUGGGACGUCCUCCUGACAUGAAGAGCUUUACAAAUGUGAUGUGUUGUUGUCACGCCACUUCAAUUUCCAGUGGUUGCCGGAGCAACAUCCAAAAUCUCUCAUGAACACCAAAGAACAUAUUGAUCUCUUAUUAUUAGCAAAAGCAAUUGGAGAACUAUCUUUCCUUUGAGCCCAGCGAUGUCAGUAGCAGCUAGGAGAACAUCUUGAUGAUGAUUCAGCAUGUUCACUAUUGAACCAUAAAUGGAAUGAGGCCUGUGGAACUCCUGUAAUCUCUAUUUAACACUAAUCACUACACAAACCUGCCCACCUCCAAGCUUGGUCUCAGCCGCUGACGAUGAAUGAGCGUGGUCCUGUAACCCAAUGCUUCCAUAAUAUAUACAGAAUUGUGUAAUUGUCAAUGUAUUGCAACAUCUGUUACUAUUACAAGUGCUGUGAUCCGAGCAAGCAUGUCAUUUUCUUAAUUCAAUAAAAAAAAUCUAAGGGGAAAA